AUGAAGUUCCUCGACUAUCCCGAGCUGGAGUCUCUGUCUCGAGCACUCACAUUCGAAUCUGCCGAGUGCAAGGUGUUUACGCGUCUCGAAGCCUACUCGUGUAAAGCAGUCAGUAAGGAGAAGCGCCUCUACAAGGCCUUGGAAGACGCGUACCAUCAGGCGGCUUCUACCUCGCCUCCCGACUAUCUCCACGAGACAUUGGCAUCGCCUUUUGGAAGACUCGAUCAACCGAAUGCAAGGAAGACCUUGUUUCUCCUCAUUGCCCUACUCAAUGGCGCAUUUCCUGACCACGACUUCAGUCAAGUCAAUCCGUCCGACUUUCGCAAAGAGCCUAGUCCAGCCUCAGUACUUCACAGCCUGAGCUCGACCCUCCACAGUCUCCGCAAUAACUCCAGUGGUCCUCGAUCCUACUCGACCUUCACCGGAUCGUUCGACGAUGCCAUGCUGGACCGGCCCGGUCACACAUCUUACUCGCUGCCUGGCGCCAGUGGUCCCAAAGACUUUUCCGGCAAGUCAAUGAGUGCAAUGACGGGUGCGACGCAUGCUGGGUUGGCCAGCCUACUGGACGACAUUAUGGAUAUCAGAGAAUGUGACGUCUACACAUUCCACCCCGACAUGGACUCGGAUCCCCAUGCUUGUGCUGAGCCAGACGAGGAGGGCAUGGACUUCGAUGAUCCGUCUGACGGCUUCUGGAACGAAGACGCAGACGUCUCUAUGCAGAGUGUUAAUGUCGUAACACCUAGGCGAGGAAGCGCUGAGCUGGAUGCACCCCUUUUCGACGAAGAUCUUGAGGGAGACAGUGACGGACCUCACACGCCUCACAUGCCUCAUCAGACUGCUUCCGGCGCGGCUCAGGCCUUCCCGUCUUCUAUGACUCCGCGCAAGGAUGCGAGGAGCCCUCGAGAUGGGGUGGGAGGUGGAGCAGGCUAUGUAUCGAGCAGUCUCUCGUCCUCCAGCUCUCUCGAUAUGGAAGACGAUGACGACGUCGAUGGCACCGGCGGCCUGCUCUGGUCCACGUACGCCUUCUUCUACAAUCGUCGACUGAAAAGGAUGCUCUUCGUCUCAGUGUGGUCAAGGAUGAACUCGUCUCUGACUGCAGGAGCCGGGUGGACAUCUCCUCUCACCUCUUACGCACCAGCGCUGCCCAGCUCAGUCACCUCGACGAAGACGGACAGAACGAGUCAGGCUGCAUCAGCAGCGCCUGCCCGAAAGCAGACCGUGCCGACACCCGACCCUUCGCCUGCAAAGAUGGCCAUCUCUCGAGCGACAAGUGGCCGCGGCGGCCGGCGGCGGAUGCCAUCGGGCAGUCCAGCACCUUCCUCCCUCUCGCCUUUCCCGCACGCAAGUCCCAGAACGCCUUCGUCCAGUGGUCGCAGUGCACUGGGUGCCAGCCGUGAGACUACACCUGCUAGGGGCCAAACUCCCUCGGCGGCGGCAGCAGCAGCGGCGGUGGCGGGCAGAAAGGGACUGGCGGCUUUUGCCACAGGUGCUACGCGAGAGCCCACUUCUGCUGCUGCUGUUGCUUCGAAGAGGACGGCUGAUAGUGAUGAGUCUGGUGGGAAGAGGACAAGGAGGCAGGUGGCUACCUGA